AUGGCGGGAGCCGACAGCGAUCACGUCUCGCCAUUUGCGCCGCUCAUGGUCGAGCUGGCUCGCAUGAGAAAGUCCAAUCUCAACGCUGCGAUCGAUGAUGUAGACCAGAUCAUAGAUUUGCUCACUGCCACGCGGGAGCAGGUUGCUGGAGAAGCGGACGCGCAUCGCAUCGGCAUGACCAUGAUGAUGCUGCAAAACCCAGUCAAAUCCCGGCUCGAAUCAAUCACACAAGACCUCAAGGAAGUCACAAAGGCACAGAAGGCCUUUGGAAAGGCCCUGGAUAAGGCGCUCCCUCACCGCGAACUUCCCAUGGAGACCGAUGCCAUGGCUGACCACCCGGGCCUGAUCAACCGAGCCAUAGCUAUGCAUCUCCUACGGGAAGGACAAUUCUCUGUUGCCUCGACGUUCCUAAACGAAGCUCACGACCACCCUCCGCAUCGCGAAGCCCGCUCCCUUCGGCAAACGGACGAAGACGGUGAUGACGAUAUGGACAAUGACGAUGACGACGAACCCGAAGACGAUAUUCGCAAUCUGCACUCGGAGCAUCUGCAAAAUAAGUUUUCCGAGAUGUACAGCAUUCUGUCAGAGCUGAAGGAACGCAAUCUUGUCCCUGCUAUCGACUGGGCCCGCGCCAACAGCCCGCAGCUCGAGGCCAAAGGCAGCACCCUGGAAUUCGAGCUUAGCAAGCUUCAGUUUGUAUGGCUCUUCAAGGGCAGCUCAGUCAACGGCCUCCCCGAUGACGCCGAGCGCAACGGACCCCUCGGUGCUCUCGCCUACGCCCGCCAACACUUUGCCAGGUUCCAGGCCCGACACCUGCGCGAGAUCCAACAGCUCUGCUGUGCCUUGGUGUACGCCCCGAACCUCGCCGCUUCGCCCUAUAAGCACAUCUUUGAGAUAGACUCGGCAUUCGAGGACGUGGCCAUGUCCUUUACCCGCGAAUUCUGCUCUCUGCUCGGCCUCUCUGCCGAGUCGCCGCUCUACGUUGCUGUCACAGCGGGCUCUAUCGCCCUGCCUCGCCUCAUAAAGUACACAACUUACAUGCGCGAGAAGAAGACGGAGUGGACGACCGAGAACGAGCUGGCCUUUGAGACGCCCCUACCCGAAUCCAUGAUCUACCAUCCCAUCUUUGUCUGCCCCGUGAGCAAGGAGCAAACAACGCAAGACAACCCGCCCAUGAUGCUCCCCUGCGGUCACGUCAUCUGCCGCGAGUCUCUACACAACAUCACAAAGGCCGCGCGGUACAAGUGUCCCUACUGCCCGACUGAAGGCCACCUUAAGGACGCCGUUAAGAUCAGGCUCUAA